ACCUAUUCAAGUGCUACACUGACUGUGGAGGUGGACCUUAUUUCCUAUAGUAAUCCGACCAGCGAAGACUGCAACGGGGGAAACUGCGAUGGAGUUUAUUACGGAACUUGCGAUAAUGUUUUUCAUUUCUGCUUGAGAGUUGUAGGGAGCGAGUUCUGUCUCGCUAGUCUCGGUACGAAUUAUGUUCAAGACGACAGCAUGACAUUCAGUUCUUAUGACCUCAGUCGACUCGGAAUUAGUAAUCCCUUGGUGUUUUCAAGUAUUUCAACCUCGGUAAGUAGUGCAUACUCUAGCUAUUCAGAUAAUAACCAACAGCAAUAGCGUCAAAAACUGUUUUUCAUCGUGACAGAUUGUCAUUUUCAUACGAGCUGGUCGCUGAUUGGUUGCGCGGGGACAUUGAGCAAUAGAUAGCUAAUACUGAGCUCCAUUAUAGUCUUGUACAUAACCCGUCUAAGGUGGAGAGGCCGGGACUGGCUACUAUGAAUGUGGAGGAAUGCUUGCCAAAAAUAAGGAGUGCCCCGCCAUAAUAUUUUAUAGCAUGCAUUCACGACCCACGCGCGCGCCGCCGCGCUCCAGGCCCAUUACGCGCGCGCAGGGCCCAGAUUACCCGGACUCUAGGAGACACUUCACGUGCGUGAACGUUUUGACUAGUUGACGUGGAGCAUUUGCCGAGUGCAUGGGUUUGGGGUAGCGCGCACUAAGUAACACUGAUAAGACUGCGCGUGCGUGUUUAGCAGCAAGCAUGUUGUUUAUGUCGUUGCAGAGUCUUCUGGAGCUGUAUGUAAACAUUACGGAUUACGACUCCAUCGGUGACAAUGAUACUGUGGAUGACAUAACUAUUCCUUUGAGUGGACGGUUGGAAGCAGACUCACAGUUUAGCCUUUCAAAGACUUACUCCGGAUCAUGUGGAAGGGCAAGCUUGGCUGUCAAGUUUCGCCUCACAUCCCAGUACCCUACCAAUCAAUACGGGCCACAGUGUGAUAAGGAGUGCAUCGAAGAGCCUCAACAAACGCUGUGCAACUACCUUGGAGAGUCUGUGGGUCUUUGCCCCAAUGGAUUUAAUGGGGAUACUACCGAGUGCAGGUGUGAAGGACAUUUUUUGGAAUCCAGCUGCAUUCUCUGCGAUGAUGAUUACUACCCGACAGGCCAAUGUGACGUUUUCUGCCGUCCAAGAGAUAGCGACGUCCGGGGCCACUACCGGUGCAAUCCUGAGACCGGUGAAAAAGUUUGUCUUGAAGGCUACAAAGAUCCAUCGACUUUAUGUGUGGACGAAGACGAAAAUCAUGAUGGAGGGUCAGGUUCCACUGCAGGUGCAGCAUCUGGGUCUGUGAUUGCUGGCUUGGUCAUCCUGGGGUGUUGCAUUCUCUGCUGCUGUCUUGGUGGUGGCUCGAGCAGCAAGAAGAGACACGAAACUAUAGUCGUGACCACUACUAGACCCACCAACCUCACUUUACAGCCCGCUGUGACUCAAGGAACUAUAAACCCAGUCGUUCUCGAUAGAAAAGUUUUUGUGCUUGUUACUAAGGACAAGGAGUGAUCUUUGAGCUCUGGACUCUGGUCUUAUCUAGCAACUGAGAAUAGAUAGUAUAUAGAACAUUAAUAAUUGUUAGAGAGCUAGGUAGUAUACUAUUAUUAGUGCUUCUUCUUGAAAUUUGUAAAUGUGCAGUAAUGGCCAUGCAUGCCACUUAUCUAACGCGAAGCAGAAGCGAGUGAAGCACCAGGGAU